AAUUGGUAUACACUUCUCCAUUGGAAAUAAGUGUGUGUGAGAGAGAGGUUGGUAGUUGCACCAGAUCCCUCAGCACUACCCACAAUUCCUUCAAAACCCUUUCCACCUACCAACACCCUUUCCCUUAUAUUUUCCCAUUUCCCUUUUUCCUUCCUCACUCACAAACCCAUUGUCCAUUAUUCAAAUCAUGGAUUUUUUACAAACACCAGAAAACCAGAUACUUGUGGGUGUGGCUGUGGCUGUUGUAGCCAUUGGGGUUGGUGCUAUCUAUCUCUAUUCGUCUAAGAAGACCAAAGGUUGCUUGGACCCAGAGAAUUUCAAGCAGUUCAAACUUGUUAAGCGGACACAGCUUAGCCACAAUGUGGCAAAGUUCAAAUUUGAGCUCCCAACACCUACUUCUGUUUUGGGCCUUCCAAUUGGACAACACAUAAGUUGCAGGGGUAAGGAUGCUCAAGGUGAAGAGGUUAUAAAACCGUAUACCCCUACUACUUUGGAUUCUGAUGUUGGACAUUUUGAGCUAGUUAUUAAGAUGUACCCACAAGGAAGGAUGUCACACCAUUUCCGAGAGAUGCGUGUCGGUGACUAUCUUGCUGUGAAAGGACCCAAGGGACGUUUCAGGUACCAACCUGGUGAUGUUAGAGCAUUUGGGAUGCUUGCUGGAGGGUCUGGAAUUACCCCAAUGUUCCAAGUUGCUAGAGCUAUAUUGGAAAACCCAAAUGACAGGACCAAGGUGCAUCUUAUCUAUGCCAAUGUUACAUAUGAGGACAUUCUUUUGAAGGAAGAACUUGAUGGCCUUGCCACCAACUAUCCAGCUCGAUUCAAAAUAUACUAUGUGCUAAAUCAGCCUCCUGAAGUAUGGGAUGGUGGUGUUGGAUUUGUGUCAAAGGAGAUGAUUCAAACCCAUUGCCCUGCUCCAGCACAUGAUGUGAAGAUAUUGAGAUGUGGACCACCACCUAUGAACAAGGCCAUGCAGGAUCACCUUAAUGCCCUUGGAUAUGCUCCUGACAUGCAGUUCCAGUUCUGAUUCUCUUCGAUGGAGUGCUUAACAUUGCGUUUCAUGGCCUUGGUGAAAAACACAUCGCGGAUUUUUCUUGUUUUUCCUGGCGAUUAAUCUGUGAAGAAGCAUUGGAUCAACUGUGCAUUUAGUUUCAUAUCAUUCUUCAGAGUUGAACUCUGAAAUAAUUGCUGCUUGUAUGAUAAUGAUACAUUGACCAUGUGCUAGAAUUGCAAAAUAUGAAUUAGACUUUUUAAACUUUGUUGACUAAAAUUGUCGUCAAUUGAGCCUUAUUUU